AUGCCGAAGACCAAGCCUCCUAGCCUCAAGGCGAAGUUCGCCCAGGUGGACCAGGAUGGCAGCGGCAAGAUCAGCCUGGACGAGUUCAAGGCGCUCCUCAAGCAAGGGGACCCAAACAUCUCCGAGUCGUCCGUGAUGACCGUCUGGAAGAAGUGCGACAAGGACGGCAGUGGAAGCAUCAGCUCUAGCGAGCUCGCAGACUACUUAAGCAGCGGCGACAAGUCCGACUUCAAGCACCCCGGCAUGUCCCCUGCGUGCAAGACAUUCUGCGACGUCUUCGCAAGCCUGACGCUGCAGAGCGAGGCCGGGAAGGAGGCCCGCGCUCACGCCUUCACGGCCUGCGACCCCAACGGCAAUGGGUACGUGUCCCUCGCCGAAGUGGAUGGGUGGAUCCAGAAGGUCUUGAUAACCUACUUCGCGCAGGGCGAAUGCGACGGAGAUCCCAAGGAGGAGGGGACGCGCAUCUGGAAGUGCUUCCGGCCUUCCUACAUCCGCGCCCACACAGAUGCGAAGGACGUGGCAGAUUCGAAGACGUCUCACAGCGACGACUACGUGACAGCGAAGGAGUUCCGCGUCCUCUGCACCUACCUCAUCCUGUACGCAGCAAUGUACGACGCCUUCGCCCUCAUCGACGGCGGUGGUGGCACCGUCGAGGACAAGUCUGGCGACGAUCGCAGGAUGACGGCGGAGGAGUGGGCGGCAGGCUACAAGAAGGUAGCGGACCAUGGCUUCAUCGGCCUCAAGAAGGCGGCUGCAAUGGACGCCGCGGGCGCGGCGGACGUGUUCAAGAAGAUGAACAGCGGCAGGGACGCCGAUGGCAAAGAGUAUGGCAACGACAACGUUGUGAUGCUGGCAGAGUUCUGCGCGUACGUUGAGGCAGAAGAGAUUUCGGCGGGGACGGCGUGGGGAAAAGUCCUGAGCCUGUGA